AACGUUCACAAAACACAUGAUGUUUUCUUAUAAUUUAAGGUUACAUAUGAAUCUGGAAAAGCGAAAAUGUAUAGUUUGAAAAACUUAUGCGAAGGUCUUGGUUUUGGGCCAGCUGUCAAGACUCGUUCAGGUUUUAUGAAAAUAUGGGACUCAUUGAAAGCAAACGUAGAUAAUUAUCAGCUACAGACAUCUUCAACAGAUAACAUUGAUCAGUCGAAGAACCAAGUUAAUAUGAAUAUUUCAGAUGUACCGGGAGGGGAGGAUUUAACCAGGACUGACGACAACGUCAACACAUUGGAUAAUGUGCAAAGAAAAUCCUCGACGCGUAUGUCACCAGUCCACACGAAAUUAUUGUCACCAAUGGACAGUUCUGAAGAUGCAUCGACAGUUGAAGAUAUUCUAGAACGUAGCAUGAGUUCUUGCACUGAAGCGCAUAUGAAUAAAGAAGACGUUUCCGAUAGCACACCAGUUACAGUGGAGCAGUCAAUUUUGGACGAUUAUUUAAUAGGAGACACAUUAAAGGUACAUAUUCAGAACUUAGUUACACCUGCCGAUGAUCGCUGUUUUCGAAAUCUGGACACGAAACAUGCUCACUGUCUAAAACAAUUUUAUGAAAAUCAGCAAAUGUGUCAUACAAUUCUCAUUGGCAACAUUGUCAGCGAUGUUACUACUAAUAAAGAUAAUUUGUCAAAGCUUCUUCAAGAACCUGGCAAAGUAGCAGUUGAAACUUUAGGUGGUAAUCAUACAAGACAUGCGCUACAAUGUUUAUUCGCAAGCCAAACCAAACCUAUUAGCAUGGUAACAUGUCGGUUAUACAACAAAUUACCAGACGAGUUGGCGCUACAAUUAGGAUAUGAACACAAUGCAUCUAAUACAAUAGGAAAACCGACAAGUUUUGUUGAUUUAGUAAAGGUGUUUCGAAAAGAAGCAACAAAAAUAGUAGGAGAUACAGAUAUUAGCUGCAUGCAAAAUAGUGAAGUAAAGCAAUGGAAAGAUAUUUUAUGUACCAUUCUAGGGAUGGACAGAAAGGCGGGAGAAUUUCAUAACAAGUACAAAAUUGUUUUGAAAAUUGCAAAAUCAAAGGAUUCAGUAUGGAGAAAAAUUUUAGAAUUCUGUUUCGCUUUCGAAAUGAAUGAAAUUAGAAAUACUCCAAGAGGAUCUUUAAAGGUUACACAGUUGAGAGAUUUUUCAAUGCUUUCUAGUGAUAACCAAAUACAUAUUUUGGAAGAAACAUUACAGACAAAAGACUGGAGAGUAUUUAAGAGAGAAGUAGAAAGUGUAAGUUCAGAUCGAAAGAAAACACCUGGGAAAACAAAAGCAGAUCCGUCAGAAAUGUUGACAGAAAGAUCAAUGAAAGUAAUUUUAUUAUAUUUAUCUAGUGAGUGUAAAAUAAAACAACUGACUACCGAAAGAGAAAAAUUGUCAACUACUUCAUCAACAUUAAAAUCAAAGUUGACAGAAGAACAAAAGAAAACAAAGGACUUCGAGACAUUGUUGAAUCAAGAAAGGAAAAAAUGCAGCGCACUUGAAAUUAAAUUACAGCAAUUGAGGAGAUCAGAGACUGAACUCAAAGUUGUCUUGGAUAAGCAGAUUGAUAAAAGUGAAAAAUCUGGUAAUCUGCUACAAGUUGAAAAAACAAAAUACCAAACCCUGGAAGAAAUGUACAAUAAAUUGGAAGAAGCAAAAGCUUGUUUAGAAAAGAAAGUUCAGGAAUUUGAAGAAUCUAUUAGAUGUCAACAUACUGAAAAACACACAAGCCAAGUAGACUACUCUAUUGUAUCAGGUAGAGUCUCGACUCCAAAACAAAAACUGAAAAAUGACUGCAGUGACACUUUAAACAAGAAGAAAAGAAGGAUGAGUUCAAAGGAAUUUGAAGUUGGUACGUCUGUUGAAGCAUUUUGGUAUCCAGACAAGUGUUGGUACACUGCAAAAAUACUAAUGAAGACAGGAAAAGGCUAUGAAGUAAAGUACGAUCUUGAUAAAUUUGUCAAAGAUCUCCCUUUGAAAUAUGUAAGAGCAGAAAAGAUAUCUACAGAAUAGACAGAUUUGCUGAAACAAAGGAGAAUGACCAUCAUUGGAGGAUAACUAUGAUGCUAGCCAAAGAGGAGAAAUAUUUGACGAACAUGUGUUAUUUUUAUAAUUAUUAUUGUUGUCCCUAUAGAAAUAAUAUAAAAAAAAAUGUUUUAGAUAUUGCGUAGUUGUUAAUAAUUGUCAUAGAAAUAAUCAUAUAGCUACUCUGCGUAAGGAAGUACAGCAGUCACUGUGACACAUUUGUGGAUUUCUUUAUCAUUUACUUUAACACCAGAAAUUUGCGGAAAAAAAAACAAUAGAAUAUACCAAUAAUAAACGUUUAACUUUUGAUUCAUUAAGCUUAUUAAUUGCAUUUUAAGUUGGGUAGUGAUGUUUAAUGGAUAAAUGAUAGUUAAUAUCAUUGACUUUAAGUUUUCUACCAUUUUAGGUGAAGCGAAUUAGUAUCUACAACGUAUAUUUCAAUAUUAAAGACAGAUACACCCGGUUCACAAAAUCGUUAGAAAAAUAAAUCUAAUUUCAAAUACAGUGUUCCAGAGUAAUAUGCAAUUUCAAUGUAAUCAAUUAAUAUAGAUCUAAAAACAGAAACAUUUAUAUGAAAUUCAUCUUUAAAUAAAUACUUCGACUUGUAUGGUUCACGUUUUUCUUUACCAGAAAUAUGCAUCAUUUCGGGGCUUUUUAUUGUUGAAGGUUCGGUAAGGAUUUUGCUCUUUUUAAAAGGCCGUAUGUCACAGAAAACCUAUAGCUUUUUUAUGUCAUUUGGUCCCUUGCGGAGAGUAUUCUCACUCGCAAUCAUACCACAUCUUCUUAUUGAAUAUUUGAAAACAAAAUGUUACCGGUUGAUUAUGUAUAUAUACUGAAUGUACCUUUUUAGUCUAUGAACAAUUGUGAUUAGAGUAACAUUUUCACGUUGUUCUUGGUCUAAGAACCAAA